AUGGCUGCACCACCUUCCGAUGCUUACACGACCCCCUUCCAGCUCACCAAGAGCAUGCACCGGGACGUUUACUCGGCCAUUGACCCAGCCACCAACAAAGAGUUAAGUGCCACCGAUAAAGUCAUUAUCGUCUUUGGCGCGACUAGUGGGCUUGGAUUUGCCACUGCCAAGUCAUGGAACACUGCUGGGGCCAAGGGCAUUGUUCUCGUUGGUCGUAACUCUGAAGGACUGCAAAAGGCCGAGAAAGACCUGGCUGCAAAAUCCGAGGUGCUUUCCAUCACCGCAGAUGUAGGCUCGGUAGCAGACACAGAUGCAGUAUUCAAGAAGACGCUAGAAAAGUUCGGCAGAGUUGAUGUCGUCGUCACUGCUUUCGGCGCCAUGGCCGUAGCUCCUGUUGGUGCGCAAGAGCCUGCCGCCUGGUGGGAGAACUUCGAGGUCAACACCAAGGGUGUGUAUCACGUCGCUCACUCGUACAUUACCGUGGCGGGCGGCAACGGCACCCUUAUCAACAUGGUCAGUCUGGCCGCCUCGUUUGUCGCACCUGGCAUGUCCGGCUACAGCGCCUCGAAGCUGGCCGUCAUCAGACUGGGCGAGAUUCUCGACGUCGAGCAACCUGGACUUCGCGUAUUUUCAAUCCACCCGGGCAUAGUCAUUGCUGAGAAUGGUCGUGGUGCGGUCUUCGAACCCUUCAGGCCAUUCACCCACGACACGGCCGCUCUUACUGGUGGCCUUACGACUUACCUCGCCACACCCAAGGCCGACUUCUUGAAGGGAGGAUACCUUCACGCCAACUGGGAUGUUGUCGAGCUAGAGAAACACAAGGAUGAAAUUGUCGAGAAGAAACUUGCCAAGCUAGCAUUCCUGAAUGGUCAGCUUGGGCCAGAGGGCCACCCUUGGUCAUCGUGA